GUUCUAGUAAAUAGACGUAGUUACCUAAUACCCUGCAAUGACGGCCUACCUUUCCUAUUCAUUCUCAAUUUGAUACACCUCGGACGGUUACAUUAGGUACUAGCACUACGUCGGACCCUAAACAUUUAUUUCUCCAACUGCCCCUCAAUUUUUCCGUCCAUGGUUUCUCUUUAGGUUGGGGUAGGUAUGGUAUCUUAAGCUUAACAAGACAUUCGUAACUAAGAUACCGAAGUAGGAGGUAGUUACAUGAACCCAAGUUUAUAAGGCUGUGUGAAUUAUACAAGAAUCCGCCCCUUCUCAUCUUGAUCUGUCUUCUUAUUUUAUUUGGCUGUCCCAAGGUUUCUCUUGGAUCUCUGGGUAUCUCAUAACUGCACACCUUUAUUCAACCUCCUCUGACCUGCAGGACAAACCAUCAAAAUGGCAGCAGAAGUAAUCAAGUCGGCUAUUGCACCGACAAACUCCCCUUCGCCACUAAAUGUGUUGAUGGUCGGAACAGGGGAAUAUACCACUGGGUUUGUCGGUGGUGGUGCUUCAGGGUCGGAUAAGAAGGUAGGAGUCGUCGGCUUGACUCUAUUUGAUCUCCGAAGGAGGGGAAAGGUGGCUAAACUGAGCAUGGUGGGAACAAAUGGGACUAAAUUCCCAGCUAUCAGACAACAUCUUGAUGCUAAUAUCUCUAAAAUCUACAAUGGCUUGGACUGCUCCUUCGACUCUUACCCGGCGAACGAAGUCAAGGACCCCGAUGCUUACAAGGCUGCUAUUGAUGCCUUGAAACCAGGUGACGCCAUUACUAUAUUCACCCCAGACACGACGCACUAUCCAAUCGCUCUAUACGCAAUUGAGCGCGGAAUACAUGUCUUGAUAACCAAGCCUGCUGUGAAGACAUUAGAACACCACCAAGGCCUAAUAGAGGCUGCUAAGAAGCACAAUGUAUAUGUUUACAUCGAGCAUCAUAAGCGAUUUGAUCCAGCGUACUCAGACGCCAGAUUCAAGGCGCAGAAGCUCGGCGACUUCAACUAUUUUUAUAGUUACAUGUCGCAACCAAAGUCUCAACUGGAAACCUUCAAGGCCUGGGCUGGUGUCGACUCGGAUAUCUCGUACUAUCUUAACAGCCACCACAUAGAUGUUUGCGACUCGAUGGUCUCACAGCUCGGAUUUGUUCCAAUAAAGGUCACGGCCUCAGCUGCGAAAGGUAUUGCUACUAGUCUUGGAUGCAAUGAGGCCACCGAGGACACCAUCACGGUUAUGGUUACCUGGCAGAAACAAGGUGACACAAGCAAAGUUGCCACGGGGGUUUACACGGCCUCGUGGACUGCACCACAGAAGGCCGGCGUACACUCCAACCAAUACUUCCACUACAUGGGAUCAAGUGGCGAGGUUCGUAUUAAUCAGGCUAAGCGUGGGUACGACGUCGCGGACGAUAGUGCCGGUCAGCUUGUGUGGUACAACCCAUUCUACAUGAAAUACGCACCCGACGAAGAGGGUAACUUCGGAGGCCAGACCGGAUACGGUUAUAUCUCCUUCGAGAAGUUUGUAGAUGGAUGCCGAGCGCUGAACUCAGGGGCACUCAAGCCCGCUGACCUGGAUGCGAGAGGACUUCCAACUCUAAACAACACAAUUGCUACGACAGCCAUCCUAGAGGCCGGCCGGCGUAGUAUAGACGAGGACAGGGAGAUUAAGAUUGAAAUCAAGGAUGGCCUCUGGAAAUUGGUAUAAACCCUUAACUAUGAGACAGUAUCUCAACGCUGGGUCCUAGGAUUUUUCUUUCCAAGCAAUGGAAUUCAAUAGUCUUCAUCUAUGCUCAUUAAUAUAAUUGAGUUAGUAUCCAAAGUUGAUUAUGGGAGACUGACCGUAAUUUUCGUUUUUUAUCUUCAUUUUUUUU